AUAUUUACAUACUUUAAUUUAGUUCUCAAACCUUCAACCUCAAUCAAUGGAUAUUUUCCUUCAACUGCUAUUACACUGCUACAACUACUGUGAAGAUGGACUUCUCUACCAUCACAUUUAUGAUGGUUCUACUGUCCAGAUUCCGAUGAAGACUGUCCUCCACCCUACUACGAAGACGCUCAAGCAGUGUCCGAUGCGAGAGCCAAAGCUGUGAUCACCAUGAAGGAAACAUUGGCCAUACACCAGCCAGAGAGUUCAAUACAGAGUGGAAAAGAUUUUUAUGAAGAACGACCUGUUGAACCCGGUCGAGUGUUGCGAGUGUUGAACUCCGAUGUGGUGAAAGGGAAACACUUGAAACAGUUGAAACAAUAUCAGAAUAAAACAAGAUUUUUGAAAUGCUUCAGUGAAAGUAAAGAUAUCCUCCUGAUUCCGUUUUCAUCCAACACUGGCUUUUGUGAACUUCCUCUUGAUGGCCCAGACAGUAAAAAAUAUUUGACGAUGAAGAAUAUAAUUGAACGUGAAGACUUUCCAUUCCGAUUAAAUUUAGUAUGUGGUAAUCUACCGCCAAUUCUUGAUACUUUUAUCGGAGUAGUUAUGGCAAAAAAGGUAAUCAAAGAAUGCACAGUAUUAGCUUCUACCCUGAGUAGUAGCGAUCCUUUAAUGUUAGAAUUAAAGCUUGAUUCCCCUGUACGUUUUUUUAUAGCUUUGAAUAAUCUAGACCUUCAACAACGUGACGACUACUUAGAAGCCCUUCACGUUUGCAAUAGCGAAGGAGAAAGCUAUCUGCAGAAUAUGAAAGUUGCAUUUCAAGUUUACCCAGAUGUUUCAAAUUUAAGCGAAGACAACAAAGAUUGUGAAGAGAACUCCAGCAUCACCAGAACUGAUUCUAUUGGGUUCUAUUCUGAAAUAUCUGACGAGUUCUUAGUUGAAGACUGGGAACAGGACAAAAAAGACAGUUCCCUACCGAGCAAUUUAGCUACAGAAACAGAAUUACAACCUGUACCGCACAGUGAAACAUUCGUUUGACUUAGCAAAUUGUCUAAUUGGUAUUUAAUUCACUAUCAGUAUUAUCAAUCUAUUUGAUUAGUUGGUUAAUUAAUUUAUACAUGUAAUUGAUAUUGAUCAGGUCAUCAAAUAUCUAAAUAACUAACUUCUUAUUCACCAACUGGUUACAUAGCACACACACACACACACACAUUGCUCAUAUAAUACUGUGAACAUUUAUUUUCUAACACUAAUAAAAAUUUAUUAUGGUUUAAUGAAAACUAAUGAACUACAUCUUCAUCUAUUCAAAAAAAGAUUCGUAUUAAUACAUAUUAAAAAAAUUCUCUUGUAUCUUACACAAACCUUAAAGUUUCAUUUUUGUUAUGGUCCUAGGUUAUGCUUCACUGAACAAACCAAUGACCAAAAGGUAUUCCAUCCCUGACCGUUCCAAUUUUUGAAUACAUUAUUCAAUGUGUGUUUUAAAAAAAAAUUUUUUUUAAGGAUGAGAAGAUGUGAUUUGAAAGGAAUUUGGCGGCAAUUUUUAGCCAGUUCUACAUGAUUUUUUACGAUUUUUUUUCCUUCGUUGCUACUGUAAUUAGGUCAGCUCUGAUUGAGCAAAACAAAGACGUUCCAGAUGUGACCACCCUAACUUUUAUUAACACAUGUUGUAUUUAGUAUUACAUUACCUAAAUGUGUCCUUUUUCGCUAGAAUACGGUAGGAUUUGAUUCUAGGAAGAUUUGGUUGAUAUUUCUAACCUGUCCGGCGAUUACAAUAACAAACAUUUCGUAGGUUGAUUUCUGAUACUCGUUCUUCUACGACAAAUAGAUGAAAGCCACUUCACAACAUUUAAGCUGGUUGUGAUCGAACAGACCCUUGAUGGAAGGCGUUCUAGUCAUUUCCAUCCUGAUUUUUUUUUGUAUCGCACGGACUAUUUAUGUGUGCGUGUGCGAGUAACUUUGCUGUCAGUCCUGAUCCAGCAGACUGAAGACGUUCCAGUCAUAACGAUUUAUUUUUGUAUUAUACGUAGUGCAUCUCAGAUUACACAUUCCAACGUAUCUUUUCUUGUUAUUGCUGUGGUUUAACUUCCGGCUCAACUCAAUCAAAGAAACUCAUAUAAUCAUAACCAGAAACAUUCUUACUGUAGGAUGUUCAAAGGUGAUACUAAAAAGAAUUGGCUGCUAUUUAUACCAUGCCGAGCGACAAGAUUAAUUGAGAUUCCAUAGGCUGGUUUUGACACUCGUUGUUCAAAAGGAUGAAAGUCAUUUCGUGACAUUUACAUUCUGAUGUUGGUACUAGCAGCUUGGGAUCUAUUUUAAAACGGGGGCCACAUUUUUCAUUAAUGUUUUACGUAGUGUUUUUGGUACGGAAAGACUUUCAAACUUCGUAUACUUAUCUAUUUUGUGUUAUAGAACAGAAAAAAUAUUUUUGUAUUCGAAUUUAUUUCAUGUAAAAAAUUGUCUUAUUUCGAUAAUUUCAACCAAUCACUGACAAGUAUUCAGUUGUUUAUAUUUACUCCUUUGGCUGAUUAAGCGAUGUAAAGCGUAUUUAAUCUCCAUACCUUCGUUUUAUUUGCUUUUUUCAUUUUAAAUUUGCUUUAACCCUAACCCUAACCCUAACCCUAACCCUAGGGUUAGGGUUAGGGUUAGGGUUAGGGUUAAUUGUUUCAGAAUCGUUUGUUUAUGUAGUCGGCACUUAAUGUAUAUCGGCUGAAUGGACGUCAGUGAUUGGUUGAAAUUACAGAAAUACGACAACUUUAACAUGGAAUAACUUAUGGAUUUCUUUUUUUUUUAAAGAAGACUAAGAGAAAAAGAUGUUUUAUAUGACACAUUCUACCAGUGUUCCAAGUUUCAAAGUGUUUCGUUAAUGAAAAAUGUGGCCCCCGUUUUAAAAAAGAUCCGCAGCUUGUUCUGGGUGUGCGUAUUUCGUUGUACAUGGAAUACCUUGAUAUAUUGAAGUGGUAUCCCGCACAAAAUUUAAUGAAAGGUUAAGUCCAUCGCUUUCAAAACCGCUAUCGAAGAUUAUUAAACAUUAGUUAUAUGCAGUAUGUAUAUGCAGUGAAUGGUAGCAAGUGGUUUGAUUGGACACCAGUUUCAAGGAAGCAUUUCGUAUUGAUGUGAUUGUCUGCUGGUUUUGCUCUACAUAUCACCAUUCCAAAAGAAGGAAGUCUAACCGGAAAAAUCUCAUAUACAUUUAUACAUAAUCAUCUACCCACACACAUAUUUAUGCGUCUCCCCUCUUUCUAUGUAUAUAGUUAUUUCAAUAAAAAUACAAUUUGUUGUUGGUUAACGUCAGACUAAA